GAGCGCUGAGUCAAUGCAGCAAAAAAAGUCUGCGCUCAUUCCCAGCGUCCAUCCUCCUGAUCCCAGGUACAAGCGCAAAGAGAUGCAAUGGCUGCCCCGUCGCCAGCAAAGAGUAUUGGCGACCCAGGCAUCACGCCUCUCUCCCCAACAUACAUACUGAAGGAUUCAGAGCAGAACGAACCGGAACGUCACUCGUUCGUGGUGGUGGUGGCCAUCGACUUUGGCACCACGUCCAGCGGCUACGCCUAUGCGUUUACUACUGAGCCAGAAUGCAUCCACACCAUGAGGCGCUGGGAGGGUGGAGAUCCGGGAGUGUCCAAUCAGAAGACGCCGACCACUAUUUUGCUGAGCCCGGACAGGAAGUUCCACAGUUUCGGUUACGCGGCGAGAGAUUUCUACCACGACCUGGACCCCACCGAGUCGAAGCAGUGGCUCUACCUGGAGAAAUUUAAAAUGAAACUUCAUACGACUGCGAAUCUGUCCAUCGACACCGAACUCCACGCAGCCAAUGGGAAGAAAGUGAAGGCGCUGGAUAUAUUCGCCUACGCGCUGGCCUUCUUCAAGGAACAGGCUCUCAAAGAACUGAGUGACCAGGCGGGGAUAGAGUUCGAUAACGGCGACGUCAGAUGGGUCAUCACUGUCCCGGCUAUCUGGAAAAUGCCAGCAAAGCAGUUCAUGAGAGAGGCAGCGUAUAAGGCGGGUCUGGCUUCACGUGAAAACCCUGAUCAGCUGAUCAUCUCCCUGGAACCCGAGGCCGCCUCCAUCUAUUGCCGCAAGCUCCGCCUCCACCAGAUGAUCGACCUCGGCGACAAAGUGCCCGUCAACGGGUACAAGCCGACGGAGAACGUGGGCGCUGGGAUGACCCAAGCUAAGGAGCACGUGCGGCGCAAUCGGCAAAGCCGCACCUUUCUGGUGGAAAAUGUCGUAGGGGAGCUGUGGUCCGAACUCGGUGAAGGGGACCGGUAUGUCGUGGUGGACUGCGGAGGAGGUACGGUGGACCUGACGGUGCACCAGAUCCGCAUGCCUGAGGGACACCUGAAGGAACUCUACAAAGCUUCAGGGGGUCCUUACGGCUCGAUCGGAGUCGACUACGAGUUCGAGAAGCUGCUCUGUAAGAUCUUCGGCCAGGACUUCAUCGAUCAGUUCAAGAUCAAGCGUCCGGCUGCCUGGGUCGACCUGAUGAUCGCGUUCGAGUCGCGCAAGAGGGCGGCGGCCCCUGACCGCUCCAACCCGCUUAACAUCAACCUGCCCUUCUCCUUUAUCGACUACUAUAAGAAGUUCCGGGGCCACAGCGUGGAGCACGCUCUGCGCAAGAGCAACGUGGACUUUGUAAAGUGGUCCUCCCAGGGCAUGUUGAGGAUGAGUCCAGACGCCAUGAACGCGCUGUUCAAGUCCACCAUCGACCACAUCAUUCAGCACGUCAAGGAGCUGUUUGAUAAGCCUGAGGUGACAGACAUCAAGUUCCUGUUCCUGGUGGGCGGCUUCGCGGAGUCUCCGCUCCUCCAGAAAGCCGUGCAGGACAUGCUGCAGGGCCGGAGCCGGGUCAUCAUCCCGCACGACGUGGGCCUGACCAUCCUGAAGGGCGCCGUCCUGUUCGGCCUGGACCCGAGCGUGAUCAGGGUGCGCAGGUCGCCGCUCACCUACGGCGUGGGCGUGCUGAACCGCUACGUGGAGGGCAAGCACCCGCCCGAGAAGCUGCUGGUGCGCGACGGGACGCGCUGGUGCACCGACGUCUUCGACACCUUCAUCUCGGCCGACCAGUCGGUGGCCCUGGGCGAGACGGUGAAGCGCAGCUACACGCCGGCCAAGCCCUCGCAGCAGAUCAUCGUCAUCCACGUGUACUGCUCGGAGAAGGAGCACGUCGGCUUCAUCUCGGACGCCGGGGUACGGAAGUGCGGCACGCUGCGCCUGGACGUCAGCGGCACGGAGAGCCCCGGGCCGGGAGUGCGCCGCGAGAUCCAGACGCUCAUGCAGUUCGGAGACACCGAGAUCCGCGCCAUGGCCAUCGACGUGGCAACCAACCGCACCGUCAAGGCUAGCAUCGACUUCCUCGGCCAAUGAGAGACGAUAGAUGAUAGAUCGAACGUAGCGAGAGGGAAGCGUACCAUAAGUAAAGCGGCUCCUUUUCGGGAGAUCUACUUCCUUUUAAAUGUGAAAACACCCAAUCCCGCAAAUCCAGGCCUUCUGCAGGUACUGCGAAAUUGUAUUAUAAUGUUAUUAUAUUAUGCUGGAAAGUGGAUUUCCAGGAAGAGGGCUGGCUUUACUGGCUUUC